CACUCCCGCACCCCGUGCAACGCGUCAGCGUAAAAGACCUCCAUCACCGUCUGUGCUGGACGAACGUCCUACUAAGGGCCGUCCUGGCCGCGAUGAAGUGCCGACGAAGCGAACUGGCGUCCUCAGACGAGAACUGCUCACGAUGAGGGACGAGGCUUCCACAAUACACGACCUCAUCGCUCAAACUGAAGAGGCCGUGAACCGGACCACUGCUAGAGUUAAGGAGCUGCGAGAGGAGACCAAGAUGCUUUGCAUAGCACCCGCAGCGUUACCGCUGACCAAACCCGCUCCUGAAGGUGAUAGAACUCGAGGCCUGCCUGCACAGGAGGGUGAAUGUAGGCAGCCGCGUACCGCACAACCAGCACCUACGGACAAAAACCCCGUACCCCCGCAUGGGUGCGACCAAGUGACCCGAAUAGAGAUCCCUAUGACUACUCAAAGGGCGAGCUCGCCUCCCUAUAUCACCAGUUGCUCGACGCUUCUCCCACUCUUUGCACAUGUCGACGGACCGCCCUACAACAGACGCGCGUCGACAAAACGAAGUGCUCACGACCCAGGCCUCGCUUUGGUGUUGACGCGCAAGGCAUGUCUUUCCAAGACUGGGCUGUUUGCGCGACCACGCGUCGUCGUUCGCAUUCCCAACGACGCAUGA